AUGGAUGACGACGAUUACGACGAUGCGGACGACGGCGCGCGCGUGGACGCGGACGCGGGCGCGCGCGAUCGAGAGAGCGAAAGCGAUUACGACGCGAGCGACGACGAGGUUGGAAACGAGUCCUCGAGCGAUGAAUCUCUGGACGAGGACGACGAUUACGACGACGACGCGAUCGAUGAGACCACGGGGGCGACGAAGAAGCGGGUGAAGCAGAGUAAAUCGUCGAAAGGGGGCGCGAGCGAAGCGCAGGGCGUGGUCGUGGUCGUUCCGGGCGGCGACGGGGGCGGAGGCGCGGCGAGAGGCGAUCGGAGCGUGCGCGUAGCCUCCGUCGCCGCGGAUGAGGCGAUGAAGAUGCAUCUCCAGCGCGCAGACGGAGGGAUGAGCGCACCGCCUGAGAGCGGGGAGAUCUUGAAGUUCACGUCGCUGCUGCACGACACGAGGGGGGGGCGGACGUACUCGGCGGCGUUUGGAGACGCGCGCACGAAACCUUCGACGAGCGCGGAUGAUUUGAAAACGCCGACCAAGGGUGGACGCAUCGCCGAGGACGAAGAGGAGGAUGAAGAAGAAGGUAUGCUUGACGAGGAGGUGGACGACGAAGAGGACGACGACGACGACGAGCUCGAAGAGGACGACGCGACGUGGUUUGCUAAGGUGGAUUCGAGCGCGCCUCGCGAGCGUUACGCGGCGCUGAAACCGACGCUUAGCGACAACGAGAACGAAGACGACGCCGAUUGCGAUGAUAUGAGACUAGAGGUGGACUACGGCGACGCAGAGGUGCGAAUGAAGCCGAAGCGGGGUGAAAGCGGAAUAGAACACAACGAGUGGGAGCGCGCGGUGAUUUUAGGCGGCGGUGAUUCGGAUGAGGAAGAGGCGAUUCGUCUCGCGACGGUGGGCAUCGACGCCAUCGGAGCGUUCAAAAAGCUGCGACGCGACGAAGAGACGGACGAUCCAACGGCGUUACCACCGCAGGUGACAUCGACUGGCGCGUUCGGCGCGCUCGCCGGAGAGUCCUCGAGAGAUGGCUCGUCAGAUGUCGCCGAUUAUAUGCGACACCUCACGCUUUACGGCGUCGCCGAGGAAGAACCUGGUAAAAUCGACGCAGAAAUGAUCGAUGCGGAUGCCCCGCGCGGUGCGGGCGCGAUGCUCCGAAUGAGGAAUCACGAUUUAGCAAACGGGUACUGGCUGGAUGACGUCGAGUGGGAGGGCAAACCUCAGCGCACAAGCGAUCAUCGCAAGUAUGACAUGCCAAAGGUGAUGGCGAAUCCGAACGACCCUCAGUUGGUGUUCCAAUUCAAGGGCGACUUAGAGGCAACGGUGUGGAAGUGGGCCAACGCAAAGAUGGUUCCAAGCUGGGAUCUCGACCCCGUGGACGACGUCGACGCCGCGCUGAAUAUUAGCAUGGACGACAAGUACAAGGAAGAAGUCGAGACGACGGUCGAUGAAAAGGAACGUCCCCCGAGACCUGGUAGAUUCGAAGGCAUCGAGCACGCAGAAUUUCUUCUCAAUUCAGUCCCUCAGCUCGUUCGAGAUCCAAUCAACGAUUUCCCAGCUCCAAAGCCAAUUUUGCAUCCGCCCACGACGCUGCCGAAGAGCGCAUCAUCCGGGAUGAAAAUCAAGCUCGCGGGUGCGGAGACGGACACGUUCAAGGUAUGCAUUAAGUCGCUCAACUUGCACAGCGCAGUGAUCAAUCUCAAGGUUCGCGGUACCGACACGGUCGGUAGUGUUAUUCCUCGCAUCCGCAAGCGCUGGACCGAUUUAGACGGGCCCAUCAACCUUUACUAUCCGGGCAGUCCGGAUCCGAGCGAGAAGUUAAAUGAAGACAUGACGCUCACUCAAGCUGGUUUGAAAGCUCAGGUCGGUCUUCCGAUCAUUUAUCUCGUCGCGCCGAAGAUCACAUUCAUCAGUGAACAGGAGGCGCUUGCGCCUCUCGCAUCUGACGCGGUGCUCGCUCCACCCGGAGCAUACAAGAAACCGUCCGAUUUGUCCGCUCGAACUGGCACGCUGAUGAUGGUGCAGUACACGGAAGCGCGACCGUUAUUCAUUUCGAAGCCGGGUAUGGGCGCAAAGAAGGUGGUGUACUAUCGAAGGAAGACACUCGGCGAUCAAGGCGCUCGGCCAUACGCAAACGCCACGACGACUGUCGUCGAUCUCAAACCGAACGCCCCGUCACCCUUCCUCGCUGAGCUGCCCCAGGGCAAGGGUAUCACAUCUCUAGAAACAAACAUGUUCAGGGCACCGAUGUUUCAGCAACCGAAAUCCGACGAGAUGGUUGACUUUCUGCUCAUUCGAGCGCCGAAUGGCAAGCUGACUAUGCGCGAAGCACCACCUUUGUUCCUCGCUGGACAGCAAGAGCCACACAUGAACAUUCCAGCUCCCGGCAGCGACGUUCUCAAAGACUUUGAAGAACGCCUUGUCAACGCCACCGUACUUCGAUAUUUCCUGACGCUACAAGCAAAGGGUGCGAUUGAACCCGGUACAAUGCCGAUGGUGAAAUCAAGUGACAUUGCCGCAACGCUCUCUCAUGUGAUGUCUGUACGUGAGGUACGAAAGAAGAUUCGGUCAAAAAUAUGUGCUCCCAGACGAGGUGCGAACGCUAACGACGAUGAAUUCAUCUUGAAUCCGUCGUACCGAUUUCAACACGAAAAAGAGGUGCAGAGGAUGGCGUCGCCAGAGGAGAUCUGCGCGUACGAGUCGUAUCGCCACUCCGUAGCCGUUCUCUGCAAGGAGCGUACUCGCGAAGAGCAAGAACGCAUUCUGAGACUUUCAACGCUCACGUUACAACAAUUGAAGAAUGCGGUGACGAUUUUAGUUCGUCACAGUGAGGGGAAGCGAAAGCGCCAGCUCGAGCAUCUGGAAUUGUGGUUGCAGAUCCAACCGUGGGCGCAAACGUCCGAGUUUCUCAAGGCACUAGAGGGUAACAGAGGGAUUUUGCACCUCGAAACUUCGAGAAGAAUUCAGCGACUCACGGGCAAGUUCUACAACUAUAUUCGUCGCAUGACUGUGCCAGAUCCACCCGAAGACCGUCGGCCGCGCCGCGAACCGGGUACGGUGACUGGUACAAACGCGGAUCUUCGUAAGCUCACGAUGCCUCAGGCGCAACGUAUCCUUGAGAACUUUGGCGUCGAGAAGGAAGUUAUUCUUCAACUCGAGCGAUGGAAGCGUAUUGGUUUGAUUCGUGAGCUUUCGGGCGCGGCGACCGCUGACGGCAACAAUCAGCAUGCAGGCAUGGCGCGCUUUGCUCGUCGCCUUCGCGUGAGUGAAGCUCAGCAGCUCACAGAGAUUCGAGAACAUUCCAACUUGCUCUUCAAGAGACAGAUGAAACAGUACGCUCAGCGCCGAACACGGCACGAAGAGUCAUCUAGUGGAGGUGAGUCUGAUGAUGAAGACGAAUCAUCGAGUGAAAGCGACAGUGAAAGCGACUCUUUGGCGGAUGAGUUGGAGAAGCAGCUUGCGGAGAAGAACCAGGAUGCGGGCCCGACCGAGGAGGAUGAGCAAAAGGAACUCGAAGCUUUACGUUCUGCUUUGCGGGAUGGUGCACCGAUUGAGCCCUCAGUGGAUCCGAUGAAGGCUUUGGCCCAAGGUAUUGUCGUUCCGGGUAAAAAGUUUAGGUUGAAGCGCGUUACAACGCACAUCUUCCCUGAUGGACGUUCUGCCAAGGUUGAAGACGACAUCACAGAGUAUGCGGGUGCAGCUUGGCUCUCGGCGCGUGCACAGGGUGUGGAAGCGGCAAACGCCGCGACGACGGCGGCAUUAUUAGAAUGUGGAAAGGAUAAGGCUCCGCCCCCGCCAAAGGAAGCGUUAGAGAAGAAGGAACUCGACGACGAAGAAACUGGUCUGACGCCUGAGGCCAGGGCGCGUUACGAGAUGCUUCGACAGCGCAAACGCGCCAAGGAGCGCGUGCGAAGAGCGGGUGAGAAGAUCAAACGUCUGCAAUCUAUGGGUGUGACGGAUGAGGGUGCAAAUCUGGCGGAUGCAGAAAAGUCUCCAGGAAUCACGCUGAAGCCGACUACCACCAUCCCCCCGGUUCCGGGCGGAUUGAAGAUCAAGGUUGGUGUGAGUAAGAAAACGAUGAAGAGAGUCUUCAGCGAUGCAGGUGCGACUCCGGAGAAGAAAUCAACGCUUGGAAGAAAGCUUCCGUGGGACAGGGCACUGAUAAGAAUCACAGAGAGUGCGAUGAAACACGGUACUUACGGUCAAGUGUUCUCCCCGCCUGUGACGUUGGGCGACUACUCCAAGUUCGUCGAUCAACCGAUGGAUUUGAGUUCCAUCAUGUCACGCCUUCGCGAGGGCUUGUACGACAGCCCGCAUGAUUGGGUGGCGGAUGUAAGAUUAAUCGCCACGAACGCCAAGGCAUAUCACAUGGCGGAAGAGCCCGUGGAGCUUCGCCUCGACUGGGUCCCAGGUAUGGCGGCGGAUAUGGUCAACUUCAUCGCUGACCUCGCGAGCAAGCACGAAAGCGACAUCAAGGCGAACACAUCAGACUUUUCUGCCGAUUCGUUGCGAAUCGAACGUCCCGGCGCCGCCGCGCCUGCGGCCGACGAAGCCGCGGUCGAGGUCAAGGCGGAGCCAACGGAGCCGCCCAAGCCUCUCCCGAAGCUCAAAUUUUCCUUUGGGAAAAAGAAGGAAUAG